AUGAGUGGGCAACCUAAGAGGACGUUUGACGAAGUGCAUGAGGACCCAUGUUGCUCCUCACCCUCAUCCUCCUCCUCUGCUACUUUGGGUUCAAGUCCCAGCAACCCAAGCUCACCAGCAACAAAUUUCACAACCUCCAUCCUUAAGAAGUCCAAGAAAAUACAGCGGACCAAUGUGACCUUUGGCCAGGUGACAGUGUUCUCCUUCCCUCGGUGUCAGAGCUUCAUUACGGUUCCCAGUCAAGCAGGCUGCACUCUGGGCAUGAUGCCGCACCACAGUACAUGCCACAGAUACACACUUCCUGAGUUCGUCAUGGAGCAGCAGUCCCAGCGCCGGCAAAAACUCUUGAAUCGACUCAAGGAAGACAAGCUGGAGGCUCUCAAAUGGAAGCUGACUAACAAAGGAACCCAGAAAUGCCAGUUUGCUGAGCAGCUCACAGUCAAUGACAUUCCUGAGAGUUGGGUCAGCAUCAAUGACGUAAACCCGGACGAGGUCUCGUUUCCCCUGGCAUACCCACCUAAUCGCCGUUCUGCACUGCUUAAAGCAGCUGGUGUGCAAAACAUAGACAUGGAGGAGGAGACACAGCUGGAGAACCUGAGGAUCUCCAGGCUGAAACGUGGUUGUGACUGUCAGGGCGUCUGCCAACCUGAGACCUGCAGCUGCAGCUUGGCGGGCAUCAAAUGUCACGUCAAACGUUCUGCUUCGAUAUGUGGCUGCACCAAGGACGGCUGUGGGAACACCAAAGGUCGCAUCCAGUCCAACCCCAUCAGGGUGCAAGACCACUGCAUGCAGACCCUGCUGAGACUGAAGCUGGAGAAGAGACUGAAAGAGAGUCGCACAGAGAAGAUGGAGGAGGGGGACGAGGAGUACGAGGAUGCUGCUGAAGCCCCCCUGUUGCAGACGGUUCCCUGCAGCCACCCCAGGAGAACAAGCCCUUUCCUUUAUCUUUUCUUUGUGUUGUUCAUCAUGUUUUUGUUCUUUUGUUUAGUAAUUUUUUUAGCAUGA